GGGGUUGAAGAUCCGGUGCGUUGUAUUGGAUGAUUGUGCGGCGCUGGGACCGAAGUUGCGAGCUAUGAACAUCGAGUGGCAGAAGGAUUGCCACCACAAAAUAAAAAACAUUUGAAAGCACUUCCACAGUAUGCUGCAACUGAAGGAAACGAAGAAAGUGAGCAGCCCGCACGACUGUGUAUCAGGGGCGCAGUUCAUGCAGUUCGCGAAGAAGCGGCUAAAGGGGGCGUUGGAGCAGCGUUUCGGACCUGACAUCCUCAGACCUACUGAGGAGCGGCUAAAGAAAUCGGACUUCGUCGCUGUCGUCAUGCGAAAGAUGUACCCCUACGGAUCGAGGUUGAAUCCUCGAGCGUUGGAGACUGAUCCAGACGGCUUGACAGAGUACCAUGCGCAUGAGGUUGGGAUGUGGUUCCUCCGCGCUUGCCAGUUGUACAGGGACGAGGGUGGAGACGCCGACAGUCUACAUCGCGACAUCAUGUUGGUCGCCGAUCAUUGGGCUGGUGAUCAUUCGGGAUGUGUGAACGGUAGGGAGGUUCUGUGCGAGAACGCCGGUGGGCGUGCACGAUUGCUUUUGUAUAGCCGCACGGACACGGUGUACGAACUCGUUCUGCGUGUUCUCAAUAAACAAUGCAGCACUAACAUCACGCCGUACUACGUCGAGUUUCGGCACACAUCGGCGGUGGAGACUUUUCAGGGCACCAUCAUUAUCUACGUGAAGAAGUCGGUGCAUUUCGAGAAGUCUUUCUGUGCAUGUUUGUCGAUCGCAGUGAUUCGGUGGAACAAUCACUGCUGGCGCGACCCGGUCGGGUAUGUUGCUCGCAUUGCUGCGGGCACUUCCAUAUGUGCGAUACUAGGCUUCCGUCGACGCUACGGUCACGAGGUGAUCGACUGUUGGGAGGACAGAUUGGCGGCGUCAGUGUUCGGUUCGGCUCAUGUUUCAGACUGGGCUCGAGAGCUUCUGCGGCAGGAGGUUUGUCCUUAUCGAGCCGGACCAUUGCCACGUGAUUUGUUCGUCAACGGUGGGGGAAACCCAGUGGAAGUCGUUGAUGAUGCUGCCUCGGAUUCCGACCAUGCGGCGGUGGGGGAGAACCGUGUUUUCAUCAUCGGUCACGUGGAGGACGAUGUGGUGCCUGCAUGCGAUGAUUGGGUCCAGACAUCGAACUCCGAAUCUGAGGGUGACGAUAUAGAGUUGUUCAGCGUUUGACUGGUUGAAUGGUUUUAUCGUUGACCUGACAUCGGUCUGGUGAUCCGAAUUUCAUUGUGCA